AAACUUUAUUUCACUCCUCUGUGCUUAAAUUGCACUGCAGGAGUAAAUGAGACAGCGGAUCAUCUUCUAAUGAAAUGUCCACAAUUUGAAUAUGCAAGAAACUCAUGUUUCCAACAAAUUAGAAGAAUACCUGAUGACGAUACCUCAGAAAAACUCAAAAAAAUUUUAUCUAGUUUUGAUGAAAGAUUAUAUAAGGAAAUAAAUCGAUUUCUGACAACCAUAAAAAGAAACAUAGCCUAUAGCAUAAUAGUGAAAUAAUGAUCGAAGGCAAUCGCAGAUGAAACCAGUGCAAAACAUUCUUUUAGCCACAGCCAUGCCUGAUAAAAAUAAUGAUGUUGAAAAUGAUAAAUAUGUAGAAAAAAGCAGAAGUGGUCAACCAAGAAAAGAGAAAUUGAGGGGUAAAAGCGAUAUUAACAAAAACACAAAAUAUCGAAAGAAAGUAGAACGAAUUCCUAAACAGAAGAACCAAACUCAGAAUAAGAAGCUGGAACGAAGUAAAGCGAAUACUGAUGUUGGUGACAUUGAGUCUGAAAUUGAUACUGAAAAUGAGGAGGGUUUCAGAGAUGAUAUCCAAGGACGAGUCCAGGUUUCCUUGGGUUCUGUAGAUGCCAACAACGUGUAAGUUUUUCUGGCCCUGUUUUAUUUUCACAGAUAUUAGCUCACACUGUAGUUCGAUGCUGAGGUUUGUUAUAUCUGUAGGUGUAAUGGUGUACCUAGCAUUGUCAUUUUUAUAAAUAGCUACACCACCUUUUUGGUAGCUGGUUCUACUAUAUUCUGCAAUAAGUGUGUAUCCUAGAAUAUGGGUAUUCUGAAUUUCUGCCUGCUUUAAGCCAUGUUCAGUCACUACAAGGAGGUCUGGUUUAAGGUCCUCCAACAGGUGAGUUAAUCUUUCAAUUUUAUUUGAAAGCCUGUCCAUAUUUUGGUGAAUUAUUGUGAGUUGUUCAUAUUUUUUUUACUUUCUGGCUACAUUUUGGUUAAGACUUGUCAAUUUGUUGCCUUGUCCCUUUCUUUCUUUAUUGAACCAAUCUCUAAAAAAGGCCGAAUGUUGAAAUUUUGUGAGAAAUGUUUACUGAGAUCUUCUUUUGUAUAUUGCGCAGUGCAUUGGAUCCACUUGGUCAUCACAUCUUCUUUUGUAUAUUGCGCAGUGCAUUGGAUCCACUUGGUCAACACAUCUUCUUUUGUAUAUUGCGCAGUGCAUUGGAUCCACUUGGUCAACACAUCUUCUUUUGAUGUCGAUAUAUACUGUGUAUGUCUUGUUACGGCCACAACACAGUGGGGGUUUGAAUUGUAAAUUUCCUCUUCAUCUUUUGACAUUCUUACCACUGCUAUGUGGGCGACUUGUUUUCCUUGGAAUUCAUGGAUGGUAGAGCAAUUAUAUCCCCACUUUUUCAGCUCGUGCUUUUCUGAUUGUUUGAAAACCAAGAUUUGAUGUUUUUCUUUAUCCACAGGAAGGGUAGCAAAGGUAAUUUCUUAAGCUCGUUACUGAUGGCAUUGCUUGAAGUCAUACCCCCUUUGUACAUAUUGGAUAGCAGCUUUGCUACAGUGACAGGACAUCUGUAAGUGUGAUUGAGGGUUUUUGUGGUUUUUUUCAAUGUUCAGAAUGUCAUAAUACAUUGCAUUGCACUUUGGAUUUCUAUUUAUAAAUGGAAUUUGGUGCUAGUCUCCAAUCAAGAUUAUCUCUCUUACCUUUGCCAAGGCUGCUGCAAAGAAUAUUUCUCCGGCAUGUGGCAUGAGUGCCUCAUCAACAAUCAGCCUCCUGUAAGUUCCACCUGCAUUGAGAUGUUGUGUGGAGUGAAUUAUAAAGGAAUGGAUGGUGCGGCAGGAAUCUUUUAAUCUUACAAAUUCUUCAGGAUGUUUUUCCUUUAGCCUUGAGCGAAAGUCGGUGGCGCCUCAAAGGUACAACUCUUGUAGGUAUUAUUGAUUUUAAUAUAUUGUUAGACAUGUUAUAAACAUCCUUGUUGUCAGACUUGUUCAGUCUUCUGGAUGCAUUUAAAAUCUGGUCAUGAGUUAAAGGACUCCAUUUAAAACAGUCUAUUGUAGAAUUUGUAUUUUUAAAUAAAUCCUCACGUGGAAUUGUUGGAGUGCCUAUUUUUGUUUGAUUUGUUUGAUACAAUCAAUAAAAUAGUUAUUGAAACUAUUAGGAGGAAUAAAUGUUGUUUGCUAUACUUUGUGUACCAGAUGACUUGUAUACCAGUCAUGAUAAUUUUGUUGAGUUUUUGUAUAACUCUCUUAAAACAUUGAAAGUAUCCAGUAUAAUCUCAAAGAAGGUAUGAAAAUUCCCUUCUUCUACAGUAUUUUUGUUACGAUAAUAAUACACAUCAACCCAAUGAUAAGAACCCAGGUGGUCACACAAUUUAUGCAGAACUGACUUUGGAAAUACCAAUUCACAAAUUAUUUUAGUGUUUAUAGGUGGUAUUUAACUGUUUUUUGUAACAUUAUGAACUAACAAUAAUGCCAUAAUGGUCUGAAAAAGGAAAAGGGAUAUGUCACAUUUGUGGUGUUGGAAAUGGUGUGUUGAUGGACUGAUAAGUGCAUUAUCACGGCAAUUUCUACCUCUUGUAUGUUUGGUAUUCGUACAUUAAAAAUGAAAUUGUCUUAAAAGAUUUAAGAAAACAAUAACAGUUUCAAUUUUUUUGGUAAUAUCGCAAUGUAUAUUUAAAUCCUCACCAACAAUAAUAGUGUAAUAUGCCACUGAGUAGUGAAAUGCAGUAAAUAUGCAAGUUUUAAAGAAAAUCACAGGAUCUCCAGCAGUAGAGUGAUAUAAAGAUAUAACUAUCAAUAUUAGAUUGUCAAAAACAAAUGGCACAGUAGUACUCAAGUGGAUUUGAAUUCACAGCCUCAUUUUGAUUAAGCCAGUGUUCAGAGAUGCAGAUUAAAUGUAUAUUUUCUAUGUUUUGUAAACAACUGUCAAGUAGCAAUGUUUUGUUUUUAAGGGUUUGUAUGUUUCGAAAAAUUAUCUUAUUAUAUAUGUUUUUAUCAUU